UUCUCCAUAAAAAAGUCAUGAAUUUUGUAGGACUUUGAGGAUGUCUACCAUGAAAACCCAAACAUUUAAAAACAAAAGGUGUAUUAAAACAGAUUUUUUAAACGGUGAUGCGCAGGAACAGCUGGGUGCUGUGAGGCACUCGUCUGUUUUUGACUGUAGCUAAAUCUGAAUUCUGCAAAGAUUUGCUUUUCCUUUGUUCUCUCUCCUGUGAUGUGUGCUGGCCAGACAUUGUGGCUCCAGGGCGUCAGUGCCAUGAUCACAGAGACGGAGGGCAGAGAGGACAUUCCUCUUUGUUUAGUGAUUCUAGAGACGAGCUGUUGGCCGUCUCACUCUGUCUUUCUGAAGCAUUUCGCUCUGGGUUUUGUUUGCUCUUCCCCUCUGUCUGGGAGAUCAGAUGAUUGAAACCUGACCCGGACCUCUAGCUGUGUGAGGAAUAACUAACCCUGCAGGAGGCUUUGAAUCCAUUGCUGCCAUAAACCUCCCAUGCCAGAAAAGGGAUUUAGGGUUCACUGUGCGCUGGCAGGGCUCCAGCUCCUCCAUCAGUGCUGCUUCAACAGUUACAGCGGACUUCAAGAAUCAGCCUGACGCCGUGCUACCUCUAUAACUGUUACUUCCGCUCCUCCCCUGACUUUAUUACUGCCAAACAGCUCAUCUCAGCGCUCCUUUAGUCAUCUCAUAAUGAACUCCUCUACCUCCAUCACAUCCCUCUUCUCCUUCACCAGCCCAGCGGUGAAACGCCUCCUUGGCUGGAAACAAGGAGAUGAAGAGGAGAAGUGGGCGGAGAAGGCCGUGGACUCUUUAGUGAAGAAGCUGAAGAAGAAGAAGGGCGCUAUGGAGGAGCUGGAAAGAGCGCUCAGCUGCCCCGGACAGCCCAGUAAGUGCGUGACAAUCCCUCGGUCAUUGGACGGGAGGCUGCAGGUCUCCCACCGGAAGGGGCUGCCUCACGUCAUCUACUGCCGGGUGUGGCGCUGGCCCGACUUGCAGUCGCACCACGAACUCAAAGCCUUAGAGUGCUGCGAGUUCCCCUUCGGCUCCAAACAGAAGGACAUCUGCGUGAAUCCUUACCACUACAGACGGGUGGAGACUCCAGUGCUCCCGCCCGUUUUAGUCCCACGCCACAGCGAGUUCAACCCUCAGCACAGUUUACUGGCAAAGUUCCGCAAUGCCUCCCUGCACAACGAGCCUCUGAUGCCCCAGAACGCCACCUAUCCAGACUCCUUCCCGCCGCUGCCCUGCUCCUCCUUCCCCUCCUCCUCCUCCCCUUCUUCCUCCCUCGCUCAGUCCCCGACCUCACAGAGUUAUCCACACUCCCCGAGCAGCUCGGCAGAGCCUGGCAGCCCGUAUCAUAUCGCAGCUGAGACUCCUCCUCCUCCAUACAGCAUGAUGGAGACGAGCCCUCAAGAGGAUGUGAAGCCGAGCAACUCCACAGAAUCCACCAAACUCACAUUCUCUGCUCCCCAUAGAGAUUUACGACCAGUUUGUUAUGAGGAACCAGAGUACUGGUGUUCCAUCGCUUACUAUGAGCUGAACAACCGUGUUGGAGAGACAUUCCAUGCCUCGUCUCGCAGCGUGCUGGUGGACGGCUUCACGGACCCCUCCAACAACAAAAACCGCUUCUGCCUCGGCCUCUUAUCCAAUGUCAACCGCAACUCCACCAUCGAACACACUCGCAGGCACAUAGGCAAAGGUUUGCACCUGUACUAUGUUGGUGGGGAGGUGUACGCAGAAUGUUUGAGCGACAGCAGCAUCUUCGUCCAGAGUCGUAACUGUAAUUUCCAACAUGGCUUCCAUGCCACCACCGUGUGCAAGAUCCCCAGCGGCUGCAGCCUCAAGAUCUUCAACAACCAGCUCUUUGCUCAGCUUCUUGCCCAGUCUGUUAACCACGGCUUUGAGGUCGUCUACGAGCUCACCAAGAUGUGCACCAUCCGCAUGAGCUUCGUCAAGGGUUGGGGUGCAGAAUACCACCGGCAAGAUGUGACCAGCACCCCCUGCUGGAUUGAGGUGCACCUGCAUGGGCCCCUGCAGUGGCUGGACAAGGUGCUCACACAGAUGGGUUCCCCACACAAUCCCAUUUCCUCUGUGUCGUAACGGACGCGCUACACGUGGCUCCAUGUGGAUCGAGUAUGUGAUGUCACUGUUUCUGUGCUAGUUAUUCGCUCACAAAGUUGGUCCUAAGAAUGUUGGUAAUCCAUCGCUUUCUAAAGCAAAACGACAAAACCAAAGGUUCGUUCAGCUAAUUUACAGUUCCUGUACGUAAACUAUGAUACUGCAUUUAUAUUCUGACCGUCUGGGACGUGGAAACCUGCACUCCGACAACAUGGAUUAUACAGCAUAUAGGUACUGAAAGACUGGUGUCUACAUGUUUGGUCUGUACUGUAUUUUAUUGUGUUGCUCUGUAUUUGAGUUGCUUUGUACUUGCUGCAUUAAAGUCAUUUUGUUUAGAAGGA